GUUCUCCCUCAGUCUGAACUCGGGUUCACUCAGUCCACGACCGUUUGCCACGAGACUUCGAGCUCGCACACUAACACACACGUUCUUUUUCUCUUCCUUCCUUUCUCUCUCUCUCUCUCUGUCCCUCUGUCUCCGUCACAGAGCCAACAGACCAGCGGUCAGCCGAGCAUAAAGACGCGGGAGAGAGAGGAGAAGACGACACAUCAAAAGUAACGAGGAAAUUUUUGAAAAAAAGAAAAAAAAUACUCUAUCGCAGCUUUUAACCGGUUUUCGUCACUUGCUUGCCGUUGUGAGAUUUCAUCGCACUUUUUGAUCACCAGGUAAGACUUGAGAAUUGUCGUCAUCUUUUUCUUCGACUGACUGCGUAACGAUAUCUCGAGGAAUCAAAAACUAGAAAGCACUAAAGGACAUCAAAAUGGCGGCUUUCGUGGCGAAGCAGAUGGUCGGAAACAAACUUAACGCCGUUAAAGGGGCGGUUGGUGGUGAAGGUGGUGGUGAUGAAGAUGAUAAAGAAAAGGAGGAGGAGGCCGAGAGAGAGAGGCAGGAGGCCAUCAAGGAGGCUGAGGACAGACGAAAGGAGAAGCACCGCAAAAUGGAAGAGGAACGGGAGAAAAUGCGACAAGAGAUCAGGGACAAGUAUAACAUAAAAAAGAAAGAAGAGGUCCAAGAAAUUCAACAGGAAGAACCUAACCCGCUAAUGCGCAAGAAGAAGACGCCUGAGGAAUUGGCGGCUGAAGCGGAAGCGGAAGACGAAGAUGAAUUUACCAAAUUUAAGAAUACGAUAGAGACGCAAGUGAAUGAAAUCAAGACACAAAUCGAAAGUAAAUGCAGCCUCCAAUGAGUUCAUCCAAUGAUGCGGUCGAUUACGAUGGCGUCGUCAGUCAUCAAGAUCGCGUCCGUCACUCAUUCCCGCCGAACAGAAAAAAUAAAUAAUAAUAAUAAUAAUAAGAAAAAUAUUAAUGAAGAAUACAAAAAUGGCUGUAUAUGUUUAAAAUCAAUGAAUAAAGCAACUAAAAGUAAAAGAAAAACGCAAAACACCUGCGGCUUUGCCACAUCAUUUUUCGCAUGGCAAGUCCACGCGGAAAUGAAGAAAAGACCACUAGCAGCUUAGAAAAAAAAAAAAAAAAAAAAAAAAAAAAAAAACCAAGAGAGAACUUUACAACAAUAGAAAAAUCUCAAAAGCCCCGGUGUUCUUUGAGAUCCUCGUUGAAGUGAUUAAACCUCCAAGGUUCGUCGAGCUCGAAACGGAAAAAAAGAUAAUAAAGGAAAAAAAGAAAAUAAAAGAUAAAGAAGAAGAAGAAGAAGAAGAA